AGACACGAAAUCAAUCAGGUGGGGCAAUGGUUGAGUUCUGCCAACAUGGUACGGCAGUCUAUACUCGCCUUUUAUCUUGUAAUUCUCCUUGCGCAUCUACAUCAGGAUUCAAAUAUUUUUCAUUCGAAUCAUUUUUCUUUUUUCCCUUUGGGUCUUGUUGCUUUUUGGAGCUCACUUUCCGCUUUUCAGCAGGCAUUAUUGACUUCUGUCUUAGUUUAGUUCCCCUGGCUUGGCUUAGGCUUUUCCACUGCUCUUUCGAGCUAGCUAGCUGUCGAGAUGAGACGUGUGAUCUAGCUAGGCACUGCACUGAUAUGAUAAGCAUGAUCAAAUUCAAAUAUCGAAUACACGUGUACGUAUGUACUACAUUUAUGGACUGGUACUUUACGUAAAUAUAGACUGGAUUUAAGUCUAUACAGUUACCUAUAUUGCAUAAUCACUAGCUAGCCUCAGUGUGGCUGUGGUCAAUGUGAGUUGGAUCUGAGACUGAGAAAGAUUUGCUUUCAAAAACUUCUUCUAAACAUCUUUUUCUAGAUCUAGACUAAAAUUAAUCUUCGAAUUAGUCUUUGGACUGGGCUCUCAGUGAAAUAUUAGAAGAACAACCAGAACUAGGAACUUAAUAAUAAAGGACAAUUUGAAGAAUGGCAGCGAGACUGUUCCUGAACAGAGGGCUAGUAAUGAGACCAACAGCUUGGACCUUUGCAAGAAAGGCUUCUCAGGGACCAGGACCAAUGAUACUUGGUCUCAAACCUGCAUCAAUAGCACCCACUGUACAGAGGUCGAGAUUUCCUCAGAUUCUUGUCAAUUCCUCAGCGCCAUUUCACAACAGCAGCCGUCUACUUGAUGAGAAUAACUUCAUCAUCCAAGAUAGGGAUGACUUCCAGAAGAAGGUUCUUGAGAGUGAAUCUGUGGUCAUUGUCGACUUCCAUGCAGAAUGGUGCAACCCCUGCAAGGCUCUUGCUCCAGUCCUUGACACAGUCCUGCAGAACACCAAGGGUCAGGUCAAGCUUGCCAAGGUCGACAUUGAUGAACUCCAAGACCUCGCCAUUGGCUUUGGAGUGGACUCCGUCCCCACAGUGAUGGCCUUUAAGGGGGGUCAGAAGGUGUCUAAGUUCAUUGGAUAUCAGAGCCAGGACAAGGUGGAGGCUUUUGUAGAAAAACUACUCACAUGAGAAAGGACAUCCAUUGAGACUGGCUUUCAUGAACUGGUAAAAUUCUCUUUGACAAUUGAAGAAGAGACAAUUAUCUUGACUUAUACUAUUAUAGGUGAUUUUGCAAGAUUGUGAUGGGAAAGUUAUAAUUUUUCCAAAGAGCGGAUUAUGAACAUUAGUCAAAUUUGAUUCAGGGUUCUGUAUACUCAGUAUUUAUAGAUUAUAAAAUGAAGACUAUUCUUGAAAAUUAAAGAAAUUACUGACAAAUAUUUGAAAAAGACAAGCUCAAGAGAUGAUCUGAACUAUUUUUUAUCAAAGUAGAUAUUCAAGAGUUAGAUGUGUACAAAGUUCAUGGUGUUAUGUCAUCUGGAAAUAAGACAAAAUGGGUUUACACCAAGUAGUUAUAAACUUUACCAGCUUUCCAUUGUGAAUGGCCCUAUUCUUAUCUUAACCCUAAAAAAUGUAUAUUCAUGUUUGCCAAAAUUUGGAUACAAAAUAUUUCAUGUGGAAUUUCAAUAAAAACAUUGCUUUAAUUGAUGCUCUGCUUAUAGUUUUACUGAUUAAAACAACAAAUUGCAUGCUGUCUAUAUGACACAUGUGUAGCUGACAAAUUUUAAAGACAAAAUGUUGGAUAAAAAAAAUUAAAAUGAUUGAAAGAUAAUGUGAAAUUGAUUUUUUACAUGGUAAUUUCUUAAGUGGAUUUGGUAACUAAUACAAAAGGGAAUUUCUACACCAAAAGUAGACAUAUUUUGAUCUCAUUGGUUCAGAGCAAAAAAAAUAUGUUUCCAUGCAUAAUUUAUAAAUAAGUAACUAGUAGCAUCAUCAAUGAAGUGGCAUAAUCGUGCAAAAUAAAAUUUAAAAAAUGUUGAUUACAUGUAUGUGACAGGCAUCAUGCAUACAGAUUUGUGUCUCAGUUGACAGCUGAGAUGGAAGCCUGGGACAGAGUCAAAUUGAGAUGAAAGGUCCCAAUUAGUUUUAUAACAGAUCUGGAGUCCGUGAUUUGUAACAGAUUUUUUCCUUUAUUUACUUUGUGGAUGAGACUAACCUUGCACAAAACUCGUAUGCAGUCAGUGUGCUGAUGCCAUUGAACAGAACAUGUAUCUUUAUUAUUACAAUUUAUAUGACACCUAGAUAGAUCCUUGUGAUUUGAUUGGUUGUUCAAUAUCGUUCAUUCAGCCCAUUUUGCAAUGACGUCAUCAACCGUGCAAUUUUGGAUCCAGACGGUUUUGUCCAUUGCAUGCGCGCACCGAGACUGCUGCAGGCACCAGCAGUGCGCAUGUUGUAAUGACGUAACAAUCAACAGACCUGACGGACCGAACUCGCACUGCAUGAGCAUGUUUUUUUUUUUAGGUGUCAUGUAAACCAAAUAAUGAAUUUUUUUCAUUUUUGCAAUGGACAGAAUACUUCAUUCGGUGAAAGAUGAAAUAAUGAUCCAUUGAACUCAGCUACACCUCUUUGAAUGGAUCAUUUCAUCUUUUACCUCAUGAAGUAUUCUGUCCAUUGCACUCAUAAACAUUCAUUAUUUGUAUACAAGUGGAUUUGAAAAAAAAAUCAAAAUUCCUUUGAUUCAGUGCCAGUGUAAUUUACCAUCUACUUCAGAUGGAUCAUAUAUAUAGUGUUGAAUAUGUUGAAGUGGGACUUUUACUGUUUCAUGAGCAAUGACUAUUUACCAGUGAUAUUUCCAGAAAUUUCUUUUUUUUUCAGUCCGACAUGUCCAGUUCUGUUGUUAAAUUUUAUGGUAAAUAGACUCAAUUUUGUUUGAAGAAAAUCUCUAUCACUUGCCCUACACAUAACCUGUAUGAGAAUCUGCUUCAAGCAAAUGCUAGAUAAUGAUUAAAAUCUAUUCACUAUUUUAUA